UAAAAUAAAUUGAGGUUAAAAAAGUAACACGUGUUGCACUGUUACGUGUUUCCAGGGAAUGAUAUAAAAGGCGGACACGUGACAAGCCUCUCCUUGGUUACAUUAAAUUUAGCUCCGCAUGUUGCUCCUUUAUUUAAACACUCGCUCACUUAGUAUCAGACCAUUAUUAAGAUAAUGAAAUUACUUUUCCUCGCUUGCCUGGAACCCAAAACAGGGAACCACACCACAGCUGAGCGAAUCAGGUCCCACAUUGAAUCAGCAGGACACACUUGUGAGCUCCAUCAUGCAGAAGAAUUUCAGUCAUCUUCUGACUUAGCAAACCUGCUAUCACAAAAUAUUCAAUUUGAUGGCGCGCUUGCCAUUCAUCUCUUCAAAGCCGGCAGACUUCUCCUAGACAUUCAAGUACCUUUUGGCAUUGUCUUUGGCGGAACAGACAUUAAUGAAGAUGUGAAAGUUGAGAAGAGGCGUGCAGUUAUGGACAACGUUCUACUUAAAGCAAGGUUUGCAGUUGCAUUUACGGAGAAAAUGAAGCAAGAAGCCAUGUUAUAUUUGCAUUCUCAGAGCAGCAAAACGUAUGUCCAGCCUCAAGGUAUUGAGACAGACGUUUCAGAGGAUUUCGACUGGACUGAAUUCUUGCAAAGUGCAGGUAUACGUGGUGAGCAUGUGGAACGGCUCCAUGUUUUCCUGUUGAUCUGUGGCCUCAGAAGAGUCAAGGACCCUCUGUAUUUAGUGGAGAGUUUUUCAGAGUGGCACAGUGAGAAUCCCCAAAAUGUUCUCGUUAUAAUUGGUCCAAAGAUUGAUCCUGUCCUGACUGAUGCAGUCGAAGCUGUUGUUAGGAGAACAGCAGGGGUCUUCUUGGCCCAGGAGAGGAGCCAACCGGAGCUUCACGCUGCCAUGAAAAGGUGCUUUGCUAUGGUCAACAGUUCCAUCUCAGAGGGCAUGUCCGCAGCUAUCUUGGAGGCCAUGGAUCUGGGGCUACCUGUGUUGGCCAGGAACAUUCCGGGAAAUACUGCUAUAGUGCAAAACGAGGUCACAGGACUGGUGUACUCUUCCCCUCAGGAGUUUGUGCAUCAGUCUCAGAGGCUGUUGUCAGAUCAUCAGCUGAGAGCGAGAGUGAUCAGGAAUGGAAAAGUCUACGUGGUGAAGCAUCACAGUCUGAAACAGGAGAGAGAAACCUACCAGAGGCUGGUGAACAUGCUGCACUAACUCCUUUGUUUACUUCCCUCAUGUCCACACAAACACGGGUAUCUUUUUCUAUAUGCUUCCGUAUUAUUAUUAUUUUAUUUUUUUGGUGUCUCCUUUGUUACUAUGGUUUCUUUUGUGAUCAUGCCUUUAUCGGAAGUCACCUUUUAUGCUUUUAUUUGGUCUGUGGUCACAGCACCACUUGUUGCUUUGGCUUUACAAUCUGAAAAUCAUGUGGACAAAAACCUGUAUAUACACUAUAUUGCCAAAAGUAUUUGGCCACCCAUUUAAAUGAUGAGAAUCAGGUGUCCUAAUCACUCGGCCCGGCCACAGGUGUAUAAAAUCAAGCACUUAGGCAUGGAGACUGUUUCUACAAACAUUUGUGAAAUUUCCUCGCUCUUAAAUAUUCCAAAGUCAACUGUCGGCUUUAUUAUAAGAAAAUUGAAGAGUUUGGGAACAACAGCAACUCAGCCACGAAGUGGUAGGCCACGUAAACUGACAGAGAGGGGUCAGCGGAUGCUGAAGCGCAUAGUGAAAAGACUUUCUGCACAGUCAGUUGCUACAGAGCUCCAAACUUCAUGUGACUUUCCAAUUAGCCCACGUACAGUACGCAGAGAGCUUCAUGGAAUGGGUUUCCAUGGCCGAGCAGCUGCAUCUAAGCCAUACAUCACCAAGUCCAAUGCGUGGGAUGCAGUGAUGUAAAGCACGUCGCCACUGGACGCCUUCUCUGGAGUGAUGAAUCACACUUUUCCAUCUGGCAAUCUCACGGACGAGUCUGGGUUUGGAGGUUGCCAGCAGAACGGUACAUUUCGGAAUGCAUUGUGCCGAGUGUGGAAUUUGGUGGAGGAGGAAUUAUGGUGUGGGAUUGUUUUUCAGGAGUUGUGCUUGGCCCCUUAGUUCCAGUGAAAUGAAAUUUGAAUGCUCCAGGACACCAACACAUUUUGGACAAUUCCAUGCUCCCACACUUGUGGGAACAGUUUGGAGCGGGCCCCUUCAUCUUCCAACAUGACUGUGUACCGGUGCACAAAGCAAAGUCCAUAAAGACAUGGAUGACAGAAUCUGGUGUGGAUAAAGUUGACUGGCCUGCACAGAGUCCUGACCUGAACACCUCUGGGAUGAAUUAGAACAGAGACUGAGAGCCAGGCCUUCUCGACCAACAUCAGUGUGUGACCUCACCAAUGCGCUUUUGGAAGAAUGGUGGAGAAUUCCUAUAAACACACUUCGCAACCUUGUGGACAGCCUGCCCAGAAGAGCUGAAGCUGUAAUAGCUGCAAAAGGUGGACCGAUAUCAUAUUGAACCCUAUGGGUUAGGAAUGGGAUGGCACUUCAAGUUCAUAUGUGAGUCAAGGCAGGUGGCCAAAUACUUUUGGCAAUAUAGUGUAUUUUAAACCCAAUAAUUGGAUUUUUGAUACAUACCUUUUUCAUGGGUGACUAUAGUCUAUGCAUAAACCUCAGUAUCAGUAUGACACCGGUCAAUAUAGUAUCUUUCAUACAACCCACUUUACUGUAUUUUACAAUACCAUACUGUAAACAUGUAAUAUUGGUGCUUUGUUCUAAAGGGAUCGCUGUAAUGCAAUGGGAACAUAAACAUGCUUUUUUUCCCACAGUAAUAUGUUAUGCAUUUGGAAGUGUACUAUUUAUUUCAGAUGGAAUGUAUUUAUCAGUUUGUUGUUUCUCUUGUUUCCGCUCUGCGUAUCUUAUGUUUAUUGAUGACGUGCAAGGGAAGAGGUCUGCAUGCUUAAAAAAAACAAAAAAUCCAGUUUGAAAGGUCACAAUGAUUCUGUCUCCCAAUGCACGUCUGCAAUACAGUAUCUGCUUAGAAACCCCUUUGUGUAGCAAAUGUAAAAAUAUAUACACAGGGUAUGUAUAUUUCAAAACAAAAUUGCCAUAAUUGAGAGUUGUGGUGAGCAGUUAACAUACACUUACCGUAUUUUUCGGAGUAUAAGUCGCAACUGGGUAUAAGUCGCACCGGCCGAAAAUGCAUAAGAAAGAAGGGAAGAAACAUAUAUAAGUCGCACUGGAGUAUAAGUCACAUUUUUGGGGGAAAUUUAUUUGAUAAAAGCCAACACCAAGAAUAGACAUUUGAAAGGCAAUUUAAAAUAAAUGAAGAAUAGUGAACAACAGGCUGAAUAAGUGUACGUUAUAUGAGGCAUAAAUAACCAACUGAGAACGUGCCUGGUAUGUUAACGUAACAUAUUAUGGUAAGAGUCAUUCAAAUAACUAUAACAUAUAGAACAUGCUAUACGUUUACCAAACAAUCUGUCACUCCUAAUCGCUAAAUCCCAUGAAAUCUUAUACGUCUAGUCUCUUACGUGAAUGAGAUAAAUAAUAUUAUUUGAUAUUUUACGGUAAUGUGUUAAUCAUUUCACACAUAAGUCGCUCCAGAGUGUUAAGUCGCACCCCCGGCCAAACUAUGAAAAAAACUGCGACUUACAGUCCGAAAAAUACGGUACAGAGAGUUAGGGUUGGGUAUCGAGUAUCGAUUGGAACCGGGACUAACUUUCCGAUUCUCCCGGAAUCGUUCAAAAGUUUAAAUUUCGAUUCCUAUUUUUGAUACCAGUCCGCCGACCGGAAAAAAAUAUGUCCGCCGAACCGGAAGAAGAAGCCGCUGAACACCAACGAAGAAGCGCCCACCGCCGGAAGUGUUAGCAUAGCCGAGCGAGUCAGUCAAGCUCAAGCAUGGAUAGCGGGCGUCGGCGGUCGAACGUGUGGCUUUACUUUACAAAAAAAAAUGAAAUAACCGCGAAAUAACAGAGCUCCAUGUCCAUCAAGAAACGAGUGGAGAGAGAGCUGCAGAUGUACCAGGACGUUCCACCGAUACUUAUGUCUGACGACCCUGCUGCAUGGUGGUGGAACCAACAAAAGACUUAUCCUUUGCUGUCAUAUCUCGCUUUCUCCUAUUUAUGCGUUCAAGCUUCUUCCACACCCAGCGAACGUGUAUUUUCCACAGCAGGAGACACAAUCUGUCCAGAACGCUCUCGCAUCCUGCCUGAGAAGGCGGAUAUGGUCAUUUUCCUAAACAAAAACUGUCUCUGAUUUUAUACUGUACCUGUUGCUAAUCUGGACUGGGUUUUUGCAAGUUGUUUCUUAUUGUUUAUUUGCUUUUCUGCACCAAGUUAGCCCAUCAGUGGGAGCACGGUAACAUUUUUAAGUACCUGUCGCAUCAUACACUUGUGUGUGUAAAUGUGUUUUCAUGAGGUUUCCUGCAGCAUCAUACACUUAUGUGUAAAUGUGCUUUCAUGAGGUUUUCAAAAAUAAAGCUCUCUUGAGGAAAGUGUACCCCUGGGAAAAUGUAUUCAUAAUUUACAAUAUUUUUAUUGAAGUUCAUAGAUUUGAUAUUUAUAUUCUAGUUGUAAACAGCCCUGUGAGGAAUUUAUAGUAAAGUUCAUAAAAAGUUAAUAGAAUUAAAAUUUGAUGGAGAAUGUCAGACUAUUUCAUUCAGAAAGACUGUAGGUUAGCUAGCUCAUUUAAAAUAUCCUAAACUUUUUUUUGACCCUGCCUCUUAAAAGAAUCAGAAUCGAGAACUCAGGAAUCGGAAUCGAAACAAAGAAUCGGAAUCGUUCGAAUUCAAACGAUACCCAACCCUACAGAGAGUGAUACUGUGUUCCUUGACGCCUUGAUGUGUGUGCCACUUUAAGAAAAAAAAGGUGACCGAUACAGUUGCUGUGUUAUUUGACUGUGAGGCACCAAACUGGGUUUCAGGAAACAUUUGUUUUGGCUCAGGAGUGACCGCUCGUACUGAAAGAAGUCGGCGGAGUGGCGUUCCUCGUUCGAUGUUAUCAUCGAUGUCAAUGAAACUAAGAAAAAGGAAAAAUUCCGAAUUGUGGAAUCAUUUUGAUUUUAAUUGCGACUAAAUGUUCUCUUCCUGUUUACGUUCUGCACAGCUAUUCCUUAAAAAAAAAAGAUUGUAUUUGCGUACUAUCAGCACGGUGAAAGAGGGGUUAGUGCGUCUGCCUCGCAAUACGAAGGUCCUGGGUUCGAUCCUGCGCUCGGGAUCUUUCUGUGUGGAGUUGGCAUGCUCUCCCCUGUGACUGCGUGGGUACUCCGGCUUCCUCCCACCUCCAAAAACAUGCACCUGGUGAUAGGUUGAUUGGCAACACUAAAUUGGCCCUAGUGUGUGAAUGUUGUCUAUCUGUGUUGGCCCUGCGAUGAGGUGGCGGCUUGUCCAGGGUGUACACCGCCUUCCGCCCGAUUGUAGCUGAGAUAGGCUCCAGCACCCCCGCAACCCUGAACGAGACAAGCGGUAGAAAAUGGAUGGAUGGAUUGACAGUUUAAUUUCUGUAUCAAAUGUAGUGACUUUUUCAAUCCAGCAGAUGGCCCCUUUAUGAAACAGCAACACUGUGUCAUUGCAUUGUCAAUACAGCUGCCAAGCACUCACUGAGAUUUACCCAUCUGUACUCAUGAGCAUGAACAUCAUAUUCAUCUCUAAAUUGUUGUUUUUUCUUUUUCCAUGUUGGAAUGAUUUUACUGCCAUCUUGAUUUUGCACAAGUUGGAUUUCGUUUUGGAUUUUGUCUAAUUUACAAAAGAUCGAAAUACAUGCACACAUGGAAAUGAGUGGCUCUGCAGCCUCUAAAACAGUGGUUCUUAACCCCACCAGUUUCAUAUGCGUAUUCACCGAACCCUUCUUUAGUGAAAAAUAAAACUUUUUUUGGUUUUUUUCAAAUUCAAGACAAAGUUCUAUGUUUUUUUUACUGGUGCACAAAAUGAACCGUGCAUGAACAUCACCUUGUUCAAAGAACAAAACCUACACAGUCCAUGAACUCACAACAAAUUACACACCUGCAAAUCAGAUGGAAAAUCAGAGGGAACAUUGUUUGGGGGUAUCAAUAAUACGCCGAUAGGGAGAAGUUUUUAUUACACGAUGAGUUGGGUGUGGCUUGACGGCGGAGGCUCCACCGAACCCCUGAGGCCGACUCACCGAACCCCUAGGGUUCGAUCGAACCCACGUUAAGAACCACUGCGCUAAAAUAUCUCAUCUUGACCAAGCCCAACGAACUACUGGUUCGUAAUCCGAUCGAUUGAAGGUAUCUUGGGCAACAUUAUCAGUUUUUUAACAGUGCUCAUUGGAUCAAUGCAAACAUUUAAGGAACUCAUUGAAGAGCUGAGGAAGACAAUUGUAGAAUUGCACAAUUAUUUUGGAGCUACUUCCAAACAAACUGCAGAUUCCAAGAUCAUCAAUUCAGUAUGCAAGUAUAAGUUAUUUAGGUGUGUCCCCACUUUGUCAAGGGGACAUGUUUAGAAUUUUUUUUUUCCAUUUUAUCUCUUUAAAACACGCUGUAAAUAAAUGCAUAUCAUCUGAAAGUAUGUCUGCAAAUAGCCAUGAACUGGAAGAUGCACUUUUUAAUCAAGAUACAAUUAAAACAUUAAUUAAACUUUUUUAUGGAAUAAUAAAUGAACAUCAUACUAGAAAUGCAAAUGACGCAUGUGUUCGGAAAUGGAUGAUCGACUUAAACAUGUUAGAUGAAAGACAUAUCAUGGUAUGAUAUUUGGAAAAAUGCAAUUAAGCCCUUUAGAAGCACUCAAAAUAAGCAUAGUCAAUUUAAGAUCUUGAAUAGAUUGUAUUGUACAUCUUCUCAGCUGUUUAAAAUUGGUGUAGUAGAUAGCAAAUUAUGUAUGCCGAGGGAACUCUUGUUCGUUUAUUGUGAGAAUGUCAGAGAAUAAAAGAGUUAUGGUUGAAAACAACAAAAGAAGCAAUCACAUUCCUAAAUAUAAACAUCCCAAUGACACUGCAAACUUGUGUUCUUGGUGAUCUGCAUCAAUUUAGUAAUGUGUUAUCAAAGAGUAAAAAAAAGCAUUUAUUUCAAUAUGCAUCAUAACAAAAAGGGUGAUACUAAAAAAAAUGGAUAAAUGUUGAUAGUCCAACUCAUACUGACUGGUAUACACAAGCUAUGGAGAUGAUAUCAGUAGAAACAACUGCAUUUAGUUUGGAUAAUAAUGAGUCAUGUAUUGGAAUAUGGGAUCCAUUAUUUAAAUUCGUUUUAACAUGCUCGGUUGAUUGCUAUUCUGAAUGUUGCUGUGUCGGGAUUGGUUUUGGAAUUGGAAUUGCAUUAUUAUGGUAUUGUUUUGUUGGAUUGAUUAAUAAAAAUAAAUAA